AUGUUUGGAUCCAUAUCUCGAUCGCUAGGUAUAAAUGCCUGCCGCAUAGUACCAUCAAGAUCAUUCCACUACUUGAGGAAACCAUUACCUACCGUUUACGAACCACUCCCUUCAAAAAGAAAUGGAGAAAACGUAAUGACAUACAUCCACAAGCAUCUCCUUUCCAAGCAUGAUCCAACAGGUAAAAGACGUGAAUUACUAAACUACGAAACAGGAUUACGAGCAGGUGAUAUAAUCAAAGUAACGUAUUUGGAUCGAUCAGAUGUCACUGGAAGAAUCAUUGCCAUCAAAAGAGGACAGCGUAAUUUAGGAUCGAAUAUCUUACUCAGAACCAAAUUGAACCGUGUUGGAUCAGAAAUUAGGAUUCCUGUUUAUAAUCCAAACAUUAGAAAUAUUGAAGUGCUUUAUAAACCAAAGACUUACAUGCCUAGAGCUGCUCAUUAUUAUAUUAGAGAAUCAAGAAGAGAUGUUGAUGAUGUUGAAGCUUUUGUAAGGCGUCAAAAUGGAGAAAAGAAGAAACAUUAA